AUGACUCGGUCAACAUUCACAACUAUCACACCCUUGCCCUCAGACAUAUCCAGAGAGCAUGUAGUCGACUUUCUACACGAUCAUCUCGCCAUGAUCGACUUGAAUCCUCUCAUUAUAGAACGCCACCAAAUCCCUCCUCCACCACACGCCCCGGAGGAUGAGAAGAAGUGUGUAUGGUACUCCAUGACGGACCGUAUCGACUAUCUUCCCGGCGGCCUUGUCUCCGGCCAGGUCUCUUACACCGCAGCCUUCUUCGACUCUCCUGAUGGCCUGCAGACGCACAGCUACGCUCCUAUGGGGCUUGAUCUCCGUGGGCGUUGGUCUGUAGGUGGCACGAUGCCAGGAGAGCGCCCGCAGCCUGUUGAGCUUGGUCUCGGGGCGCCUACUACGGGUCUCUAUCUCCGUGAGGAUGUCGAUAUGCGCUGUAACAUGCUCAUGGUGGGGUUUGUCAAGAAGACUAUUAAGAAGUCGCACGGGACACUGGUCGAGAAGCUAUCUCAGAAGACCUCCAUGAAGAUGGCAAGGCACUCUAUGCAAAACUUUGGGUCCAGCUUUCCAGGAAGUCUUCAAACGCCAACCCCUACAGGGUCUGAAUCCUCAGCAGUACCGCCUAUGGGGCCGCUUCUCCCACCUGCCGUGAGCAAUGACCAGCGCGGGUUUGCCCCGGACCUAUCUUCACCACCUGCCUAUGGCCACGGCACACCCUCUUCCUCUUCAAAUUUGGGCAACAUAUCCGUACAUCCGCAGAGAAGCGGCGGUCUGGUACCCCCUGGACAACCUCAGCGGCUAGAUUCGAAUCAGUCAGGGCUUGGUCAUGCAGGAACUGUCUAUCGUGGCAACAGCAGGCCUGAUCAUUACACCGAGUUCUCUGGUCAGAACCCCUACGCUAACUCACGGACCCCAUACGAUGAGCGGGAGAACUUUGCGGAACUAGACGAUGGCACCCAUAACCAUCCUCGCCACUACGAAGAAAAGUCAGGGCCCGCAGAGCUACCUUGA